AUGAUAUCCGCAUUAGCAAACACUAUAAAUAAGAAUGCUGCUUCUUUUUAUGUAAGUGGUAAUUAUCGUAAUACAAUUUUGGAUAAAUGGAAAACAGGACUCUUUGGAAUAUUCUCUCAUAAGUUAUGGGAUAAAAACAAUUAUAUGUUUAAUAAAUGGAAUAAUAAAAUAAUUUUAAAAAAAAUAAAAAGUGAUAAGAAUAGUGUAUACAGUGAUGAACAGCUUUGGUCACCUGGUUAUAUAGGGACAUAUUGCAAUACUGAAAUUUCGAAUUAUAAUGAAAAAAAAAAAAAUAAAACAAAUUAUUUAACUAAGAUAGGAUAUGGAAAUGGUUAUCAUAUUAAUAUAAAUUUGGGAGUUUAUCCAGUUGUUUCGAAUUCUAAUCAAUUUAAUAAAUUUAUGAGGAUAUCUCAAUUUAGUACAAAAAAUAUAAGAGGAAGAAUGUUUUAUAAAAGAAGACCAAAACAAAUACCUAAAUUAAAAAAAAAAAAUUGGAGAUCAAAAUGGUUAGAAGGUGCACCACAAAAAAGAGGUAUAUGUUUAAAAGUUCGAGUCCAAACACCCAAAAAACCAAAUUCUGGAUUAAAAAAAAUAGCACGUGUUCGAUUAUCAACAGGUAGAAUUGUUUCUGUUUAUAUACCGGGAAUUGGUCAUAAUUUAAAUACACACAGUAUUAUAUUAGUAAGAGGUGGUAGAUGUAAAGAUAUACCUGGAUGUAAUUAUAAAGCUAUUCGAGGUGUAUAUGAUUUAUUGCCAGUAAAAAAUAGAUUCCGUGGAAGAAGUAAAUAUGGUGUUAAGCUUUCAGAAGAAAAAAGAAAACAUUUAUUAGAAAGAUAUAAUUUUAAACAUAUUACUAUCCAAAAAGAUAUAGAUAAAUUUAAUAAAUUUAAAUGGUAUAAUUAUGUAGAUAAAGAUAAAAAUUUAAGAGAUAAACCAUUAGAACCUAAUGAACAUACACCUAUAGAUAUUUUUCAUUUUAAUACAUAUUAUAGAAAUAAAAAAUUCCAAAAAUCUCAAGGGGAAUAA